AUGGCUCUAGCCACCACCAAAACCACCGUAUUAGUGGCGGCCCUCCUCCUCGUCCUCGGCGGCUCCACCCCACUCGAGACCAACCGGCCCUUGGGAGGUGGUGGGGGCUUCAAGAAGCUACCAAAAUCGGACGUCGAUCUUUUGGAGUUCCCGUUGAAUCUGGAGUACUUGGAGGCAGAGUUCUUCUCGUGGGGCGCUUUUGGCCGCGGAUUGGAUGCGUUGGCCCCGAAUCUAACAAAGGGCGGUCCACCGCCGAUUGGACCCAUGAGAGCCAAGCUCAGCCCAUUUACGAGAGAUGUGAUCGCGCAGUUUGCGUUGCAAGAAUUCGGGCAUCUCAGGGCAAUUCAGAGUACGGUCCCGGGAUUUCCGAGACCUCUCCUAAAUUUAAGUAAAGAAGUAUUCGCGACGAUCAUGAACGACGCGUUUGGAAAACCUCUCGUGCCUCCGUUCGAUCCUUAUGCCGAUGACAUCAAAUAUCUUAUUGCAACCUAUGUCAUCCCUUACGUUGGACUCACCGGUUAUGUCGGAGCAAAUCCGAAACUCGAAAGCCCUGUUUCCAAAAGGCUUGUGGCCGGACUUUUGGGUGUGGAAUCGGGUCAAGAUGCCGUCACUAGGACAUUACUCUACCAGCACGCGCUUACAAAGGUAUUUCCAUAUGAUGUCACUGUGGCGGAAUUCACAGACAGGAUAUCAAACCUCAGAAACAAGCUCGGGAAAAAGGGGUUGAAAGACGAAGGCCUAAUAGUUGAACCGGAACUAGGGGCCGAGGGCAGAAUCUCGGGAAACGUGCUUGCGGGGGAUAACUACUCGCUGUCCUAUGCACGAACGCCCGAAGAAAUAUUAAGGAUCGUGUAUGGGACCGGACGGGAGGACAAGCCUGGGGGCUUCUAUCCAAAAGGAGCCUGCGGUAAAAUAGCCAGGUCAUAUUUACAGCAUUGA